AUGCUGACGCUGUUUCCGAGGCUGUUUCCUUCGAUUCCGCCUCCUUCUCUCGUACCUCAGCUUGCCGACACUUGCGAACUGGGCCUGGCUCGUCUCGAGUGGCUGGAGACGGAGUUCCCUACCAGCCAAGCCUCAUGCGGAGACCUCCCCGACACGGUAGAUCCAGCGCCCGCUUUUCCCCCCAAUCUCUACACGCCUGACCAGCUCUUCGGCAUCCUCAUGGCCUCUGCGCAAGCCGUCGGGCCGUCCGAUGGCGCCGUCGUCCGGCCAGCCCCAGCCGGGCAUCGCAGCCUCUUUGAGCGAUAUCGGGCGCUGUUCACUCUGCGCAAGCGUGCUCUUGAUGCUCAUCUCUCCGAGCCGGAGCGCACGGCUGCCGCCGAUCUUUUGGGCAAGUGUCUUUCGGCUCCCGGCAGUUCUCUGCUGCGUCAUGAGGUCGCCUUUGUCCUCGGCCAACUGGCGAUGCCGAGCACCGCGGACUACCUCAUUGCCUGCAUCAAGGCCGGACCGCCGACCUCUCCGAAGCAGCACAGUUCAACCGAAAACGGGUCAACUUCACCGUCGACGAGCAGAUCGGCGGGUGCUUCGGUGACCGGGGAGCACUCGAUGGUGCGUCACGAGGCGGCCGAGGCUCUGGGUGCAGUUCUUGGCGAGGCUCGGUUAUCCGAAGCCGACGAGGAGCUGGCCGCCGUGAGUAGGCGGGCAAUGGCCUGUCUGCAAGCUGGCCUUCAUGAUCCGGUUCAGGUGGUCCGCGAGAGUUGUGUCUUGGCGCUGGACAUCGCCGAGUACGUGGCCUCGAAGGACCAGCUCCAGUACGCCGAUGUUCCUAAGCUCAAGGAGGUAUUGCCCUCCAAAGCCACAGUAAACUAG